ACACCAUAUAUGUAUUAUGUGAGCUAGAUUAUAAUCUAUACUCUCGCACUGAAAAGUUGAUACCGGGAAGUCAAAAUGCCGAUGAUAUUUGUGUACACUAAUCUAAAGGACGAGAAAGUCGCUGCAGAUUUCGAGAUUAAUACCUCCAGAUGUGUGUCAGAAGUUCUGAACAAACCCAAAGAGAGAAUUCAUGUUAUUUUGAAUCCUGGCAAACGUAUGUGUAGGAACGAAGAUACUUCGCCUUGUGUGUUGAUUGAGAUUCAUUCAAUAGGGGUGUUUAGCGCCGACAAAAAUCCGGGAUACACGGAAAAGUUUAUGGAAUUCUUUUCGAACACUCUCGGAAUUCCUAAAUCAAGAGUCACGCUGGUGUAUAAAGCUGUCGAAGCCCACAUGGUCGGGAUAUUGUAACAGAAAUGCACUGUGUUACUGUACUACUAUAGUAUAUACUGGUGUUCAUAUAUAUUUCCAUUUCUAAUUUUUUUCUCUGUGAUAACUCUUUGAAAGUUAGCGGAGUUGAUUUCUUGAUCAUUCUUCCGAAAUGUAAAUUAGGCAGGUCGAUAUGUCAGGAGCUAAGGAGGCCUAAUGUGCGUGCAAAUCUCGUGCGCAUCUGUCUCUGAAGCUAAGGAGACCAAAUAUGAAUGUAAAUCACGUGUGGCUACCUUUGUGUUUGACGUCAGUGGGCGAGGACUAUUGAAAUUGGCAUCAUGAUGGGAGUCUUCGUGUAAUUUAAAUCUAUUACUACAUUUUUAAAAUCUAAAUCUACAAUUUUAUUUCACAAUGAAAUGGAAAUAUAAGGAAUCACUGUCUAGUUAGUAUAGUAUGCCAGGGACAUCAACGAUAGUGGGAAACAUGGGAUAAUUUAUGCAUAACGGGCUUUGC